CUCGUCGGUAGCUUCACGCACAUUACGAACCUUUUGGAAGCAAUGAAAAAAUAAAUAAAAAAUAAAAAAAAUAAAAAAAUAAAAAUGGGAAUGUCGUCACCGUCAAUGCAACCUCCUCUGCUUCACAUCAAAUCUCUUCCAAUUCGUUGCCAACAUUUCCAGCAACCUUCUUCCUUUUCUUCUUCCUUCUUCCCAAUCUUUCCCAAAUCAACAACAACGACAACAACAAAAACCCUAAUUCUGAACCCUAUCCGUAGAAAACCCUCCAACAGUAAUAAGCUCGCCACCAUGCCCCAGGCUGCCAAUCAUGUCCAGGCCGCUGUAUCCGAGGUUCUUAAACUCAUCCAAACGUCUCCGCCCACUUGGAAAUCCGCACUCCUCAGCAAUGUCUUGAUCUUCGUUGCCGGUUACAGAAUCUUGGUGUCUGGCCUCUCUCUCUCCGGCAUUGCUGCUGCGUUCUUGCUUGGCACUCUCACUUGGCGUGCUUUUGCUCUACCUGGUUUCCUCCUUGUCGCCACCUACUUCGUCAUUGGCACAGGGGCAACAAAAGUGAAAAUGGCACAAAAGGAGGCUCAGGGAGUUGCCGAAAAGAGGAAAGGAAGAAGAGGACCAGGCAGUGUUAUUGGAUCCAGCACUGCUGGCUGUGUCUGUGCUUUUCUUUCGAUAUUUGGAGUAGGGGGAGAGGCAUAUUACCGGCUUUGGCAACUAGGUUUUGUUGCUAGUUUCUGUACUAAGUUGAGUGAUACCGUCUCAAGUGAAAUAGGAAAGGCAUAUGGCAAAACAACGUAUUUGGUUACAACACUUAAGGUAGUACCAAGAGGAACAGAAGGGGCCGUUAGUCUUGAGGGUACAUUUGCUGGACUUUUAGCCUCAAUUUCUCUUGCAUCUGUUGGGUGUCUCAUGGGUCAGAUAAAUGCAUCAGAAGCAAUUAUAUGUGUGAUAGCUUCCCAAAUUGCUAAUCUCGGCGAGAGUAUAAUAGGUGCUGCACUUCAAGAGAAAGAAGGAUUCCGUUGGCUCAACAAUGAUGCUGUUAAUGUUAUAAAUAUAUCCAUGGGCAGCAUUAUAGCAGUGUUGAUGCAGCAAUUUGUACUCCAAAACUGGCGGAUGUAAAUUCCUGUACACAUACCUAUGAUGGGAGUUCUAGGACCUUGAUAUUGGGCGGAUCAGCGCUGAAACAAAUGUUCUACACAGAUGACCACGACCUUACAACUAAAACAGGAGACAAAUUGCAAGCAAGUUGAUUUAUAUAUCAGAUGAUUGGUGAUUAAUUUUUAUUUCUGCUUUUAAAAAGGAGAUAAAAAAGGUUUUUGCCUAGAGAACUGUAAAAAGAAAGGUCCAAUAUAAAAAUGUCAAUAAUUAUAACAUAAUUAUUUUUUGUCUAUAAAAUUUUUUAUUUAUCAUAUAAAAUAGGGUAAAUUAUAUAAAUAUACCCUCUAGUUCCAUUUUCUACACAUAAA